AAUAGACCCGGAAAGGAAGCGGGCGGAGUGGUGAGAGAGGGUUUUCGCAUGGCGCUGCCUCCUUGAAGCCGGAUUUUGACAAGAUCUUUGGGCAAUUAUGGAUGAAGAUCUUAGCUGCAGAGAAGGAGUAAAAACAGAAACUUCUGAGGUGUUAUUCUCCUUUGGAGUCAUAGCAGAUAUUCAGUAUGCUGAUCUAGAGGAUGGCUACAAUUUCUUGGAAACCCAAAAGAGAUACUACAGGCAUAGCCUACACCAUCUCCAGAGUGCAAUUGAAGAUUGGAAUGGGGAGGAAGUUCAGCCUCAGUUUGUGUUACAGCUUGGGGACAUCAUUGAUGGCUUCAACGCCCAGCAUAAGAUGUCAGAGAAAGCACUGGCGAGAGUCAUGGAAGAAUUUAAGAAGCUCAAGGCCCCAGUCCAUCAUAUAUGGGGCAACCAUGAAUUGUAUAACUUCAGCAGAAACUAUCUAAGACAAUCUGUGCUGAACAGCAAGUACUUACAAGAUCAAACUUGGCUUUGCAAUUCUGCUAGGGAGCAGCACUCCACAGAAGAAGCUUCUGCAGAAUUUUAUCAUGCUUAUCAUUUUUGCCCGAAGACUAAAUUUCGAUUCAUUCUUCUUGAUACUUAUGAUUUAAGUCUUCUGGGAAGGGACUCCUCUACCAAAAAAUAUCAGGAUUCUUUACACCUCCUGCGAAAAAAUAAUCCAAACGAGAAUUUGAAUAGUCCAGUAGGCCUUGCUGAACAUCAGUUUGUACAGUUCAAUGGAGGGUUUAGUCAAGACCAGUUGGAUUGGGUUGAUGAAGUUCUGACAUACGCCGACAUAAAUCAAGAGAGAGUUGUGAUAGUGGGGCACAUACCUAUCCACCCAGAUGCUUCAAACUGUGUCUGCCUUGCUUGGAAUUAUAAAGACGCCCUUGCUGUCAUCCAUUCACAUCACUCUGUGGUCUGUUUUCUUGCAGGCCACCUUCAUGACAAUGGUUACUGUUUAGACUCUAAUGGAGUCCAUCAUAUUACUUUUGAUGGAAUUAUUGAAACUCCUCCAGAAAGUCAUGCUUUUGGAACUAUAUCUGUCUAUGAUGACAGGAUGGUAUUAAAAGGAAGAGGCAGAGUCCCCAAUCUCGUGAUGCCUUACAGAAAACAUCACAAUACAAUGUACUGUAAUAAUACAGUUAACAGCACUGUGCUAUAGUUAUUUGAAGCUCGUUCUGAUAUUCCCAUAGAAAAUGUGUUAGGCAGAGCUGGUGACUAUAGGGCCAACAUACAAACUAAAUAUCAGCACUGCUCAGUGAAAUAAUGGGUAGCAAAUAAUUAAUUUCAUUUACACUGGCAAACUUGAAAUAAAAAUGCUGCAGAGCUUUGGCUUACAAAUUUAACAUGUUAAAAUGGGAAUAUUUAUCGUGGUAUGGUCAGUGUAUUUUAGUGUUGUACCUAAAACUUGAUCCAUGUUUUUACUGAUUGUACUCCCAAAGCAUUACACUUUACUUGAAGCUUAUAGCCAAGGAAUUAGCUGGUCAGUGCAAUCAGCAUGCAGUUUCCAAAGAACUUGUUGCUUCCUUAAGUAAACUGAGUCUUCAUGCAACCAUGACAGUAGAAGACUCGGCUGGGAAUAUGACCAAGUCAUGCAACCGUUAAAAGACCUGCAGUUGAGACAGAGUCUGUGCUAUAGACCUAGCAAUGCUGUGUGUCCUUGGCUCCCUGUCUCCAGCUUUGUCUGAUUCUUUUCUGCCAGUUGUGCAUAGCCUCUCCUGCUCUCAUGUCCCAUGUGAGGUUUGGCACCAGUUGUAUUUUCUCCUUGGCUGCUUGCCUAUUCACCUGCUAUCUCUCUACCACCC